AAACUUGCUGUGACAUGAAUUCUUUCUGUGAUGGAGAAACUUUUAUGAUGCCUGCUUUUAAAGUCAAAGUAUUACUUUCAUAUGAAGCUCCAUCUCUCAGAGUAAAUAACUCAGUGACUGUCAGUAAAUGUCUGACGUUUAGAGAAGUGAAACAGCUGGAAAAGCAGAAGUUCAGUAACAUCAUUUGAAUAUGAUCAACAGUUUCAAAAGACAGUGAUCAACCAAGUGUAAACAGUGUAAGCUAACCUCCACAGCGGACGGAUUCACUCGUGUCAGAAAGAUGAAGCCGUCAUGCUGGUGGUUGAUGUCUGUUUAUGUCACGUGUUUACACCCAUCUCUCGUUCUGGCCAUUAAAAGGAUCAUAGUGAAUUACUCAUCUCAGAACCUGUCCUCGGUUCCUCCCGGCCUGAAACCAUCUACAGAGGACUUGGAUCUGUCGCUGAACCACAUCCAGACGCUGAGCGGCAAAGACUUCAGCACUACACCACGACUCCAUUUCCUCAAUCUGUCCUGGAAUAUACUGGAAAACAUAGACAUGGACACAUUUAACUCCACACCGGCUUUGGAGAUUUUGGACCUGUCGCACAACAGACUCCAGAACCUCUCUGACCAACCAUACCUGCUUAAGGCGGGAAAUCUGCAGUUCUUAGACUUGUCAUCCAACAUGUUUUCCGUCAUGGCACUAGGGAAGGAAUUUUCUACCCUGAAACACCUGCAGUGGCUUGGCCUGAGUGCCAUUUCAAUCGGCAACGAAGACUUUACUUACAUUGCCAAUCUUACUUUGAAAACGCUCUUCAUUAAUACUGAUAAGCUACAGAAGUAUGAAGAGAGGAGUCUAAUGGGUGCCCAUGCAGAGAAGGCCGUCAUCGCCCUGUCCAACAAAGACCUAGAUAUUGCAGUCGCUGAUGAUGUUUUUGCAUCAUUUAAAGAGGUAGAAUUCACCAAGAUGGACAGCGAGAUGAAGGUUCUCCAGCAGAUAUGCCAGCGAGGAACAGUACGCACCAUUAGUCUAGAAAUCUCCAAGGUAAAAACCACCUGGGAAGUUCUGACAGGCUGUGUAAACACAAUACUGUCAUCUGCCAUUCAACAGCUUUCCUUCUCAGACCUUACCAUGACAAAAAUGAUAGACGGCAGGCCUGUGUCCUCGAGCCGCUUGUUGGAGUCCUUCUCUACAAGAAGAGCGUCUGUAACCGAAUUCAUCUUCAACCAAACAGAGCUCUAUGACUUCUUCAUAAGCAUGCCAGCGAGAAAAGUUAGUUUAACCCAAACGCCCAUCAUCUUUAUGACCUGCCCUCAGACUGUUAGCAAGAUCGAGGUGUUGGACUUGUCCGAUUGCGCCCUUACGGAAAACAUCUUCUCGGUUGGUCCAGAUACAGAAUGUAGUACACUAACAAACCUGGAAAGUCUGGUUCUGAGGGGCAACAACCUGAAACAUCUUGGACCGCUGACCUCCAGAAUCCAUCUCAUGAGCUCACUGAAAUACGCUGACUUCAGUCAGAACAAGCUUACUUAUUCCGAGGAACAAGGCAAGUGCGUUUGGCCUCGCAAAGUUGCCCACGUGGAUUUGUCCUCAAAUGGGUUUGACCAGAGCAUCUUCAAGUGUUUGCCCGAUUCCAUAAGAAUCUUAAACCUCCGGAAUAAUCGAGUGACCACAGUCCCUGCAGAUGUUGGGGUCUUAGAAGACUUGAGCAUCCUGGACCUAGCAGAUAACCGCUUGCUGGACCUUCCCACUUGUCAAGCAUUCCCAAACCUGCAGAAGCUCCAAGUAAGAACAAACUCCAUCCAUUCGCCUUUACCGGGAACCCUCGAGACUUGUCCUUAUCUCAAAGAUCUUGACUUGAGCCGCAACCCCUUCAUCUGCACUUGUGCUUUGCGAGAAUUCGCAGCUCUCAUCAAAAACCAAGCAACACAAACUCCUGGUGUGACUCUCGGCCACUGGCCGGAAGGAUAUCAAUGUAGUUACCCAGAAUCCAGGAGCAACACCAUGCUAAAAGACUUCUACCUUCCUGAGAUAUCCUGUGAUGGCUGGAUCCUGGCUGUUACGAUUCUGAUCCCGACAGUCACUCUGGUAGUUGCCAUCAGCCUUCUUUGCCAUCGGCUGGACGUGCCGUGGUAUCUCAAGAUGAUGUGGAAAUGGACACGCGCCAAGCACCACGCAAUAACCUCCCAGAAGAAGACUGAGGAUAUGGAGGGGUUGCGCUUUCAUGCGUUCAUAUCGUACAGCCAAAAGAACGCAGACUGGGUCAAAGCUCAAUUUCUUCCCAAGCUCGAGGGCGAUUGUGGGUUGCGAGUUUGUCACCACGAGCGGGACUUUAUCCCGGGAAAGACGAUCGUUCAGAACAUCCUCCGAUGCAUCGAGCACAGCAGAAGGUGCGUCUUCGUACUGUCGUCACAUUUCGUCCAGAGCGAAUGGUGCCACUACGAGCUCUACUUCGCCAAUCACCAGAGGGUAAUGCGAGGGAUGGAUAGCAUCCUCCUUAUUCUGCUGGAACCUCUGCCGUUAUAUCUCAUUCCCUCCAAGUACUACCAACUCAAGGCCAUGAUGUCCAGACGCACAUAUCUAGAGUGGCCACAGGAAGGAGCCAAGCAGAAGCUGUUUUGGGCAAAUCUCAGAGCAGCUCUGCAGGCCAACCUUCCCAUUCCAUCAGAGAGAGAAGAAGAGUGAUGAGAGGAGUUUUACAAAUUUAUUUCAUAGAGAUUGUCUUAGCAUAUAUUUAUUUAGAGCAGUGGAUCUCAACAAGGGUUCCAGGGUCCACUAGGGGGCCUCAACAAAACAAGAUAAAACUAAUCUAAAAUCAAGAUAUUUCUAAUUUUAAUUCACCACCUCAACCUGGAUACAAGAGGUAGCCUAAUUUUAAAAGUGUGACUUCUAGUCCUGGAAUAUUGAGGGAUUUAGCAAACUAAAUAAAAUAAAUAAAUAAAUAAAUAAAUACAUACAUAAUGGAAUUCUUAAAUAAGCCAUGUAAUGUUGCAAUAAACCUUUAAAUGUACAAUGACAUAUAAGCCAUAAUUAAGGCGCGUAUUACAUGUAAUCAAUUAGCUCGAUUUCUACUCUCAAAAACAAAGCAGUUCUUUAGACCUCGCCUUCAAGACUUUGACAGGUGAAAGGGAAAAUAUUCAUUUCAAUGCAAAUUUCAUGUUGUUGUUUUUUGUAUUAUGUAAUAUUUCAGUCUUUUUAGACAUAUGUUUACUAACUGCAACAUUUCACUAUACAUUUAAUCAUUUUGUGAUAUAAUGAUUAGAUUUAUGUCAUCUGCUUCAUAUAUCAUGAUGUUCAUUUCAAGGCAUAUUUCAGGUAUUUCAUGUCCUUUAUCAUGUAACAUGCAAAAAGGUUUAUUUAUUCAUAAAGCUUAUUUAUGCUUAUAUUUCAAUGUACAUUUAUUUCAUGCAACAUGCCAUUAAUAAUUUCAUUUACUCUGUCAAAACUUGUACUAGAAAAGUAAAUCAAUAAAAACUUAAAAAUGGG